GUCCGGGCUGCUGCCGACUGCCCGGCGUGAGAGUUGUGCGCUUCUAGUUUCUUCAGGAGCCGGCACCGGGCAGCCACGGUCUCCAGGUCCGGAGGCGCGGACGUCACAGGCUGUGCAACAUGUCGAUGCUGGCGGAGCGUCGGCGGAAGCAGAAGUGGGCUCUGGAUCCCAGAAACACAGCAUGGAGUAAUGACGACUCCAAGUUUGGCCAGAGGAUGCUAGAGAAGAUGGGGUGGUCUAAAGGAAAGGGCUUGGGGGCUCAGGAGCAAGGAGCCACAGAGCAUAUUAAAGUUCAAGUUAAAAAUAAUCACCUGGGACUCGGAGCUACGAUCAAUAAUGAAGACAACUGGAUUGCUCAUCAAGAUGAUUUUAACCAGCUCCUGGCCGAACUGAACACUUGCCAUGGGCAGGAAACAGCAGAUUCCUCGGACAACAAGGAAAAGAAAUCUUUCAGCCUCGAGGAGAAGUCCAAAAUCUCCAAAAACCGUGUUCAUUACAUGAAAUUCACAAAAGGGAAAGAUCUAUCAUCUCGGAGCAAAACGGACCUUGACUGCAUUUUUGGAAAAAGACAGAGUAAGAAGACUCUGGAGGACGAUCCCAGCCCCAGCGCUCCGGAUGAGAACGAAGCCUCCACGACAACCAGCGCCUUCACCAUCCAGGAGUAUUUUGCCAAGCGGAUGGCCGAGCUGAAGAACAAAGCACAGGUCACGGCUCCAGGGACGGAUCUCUCAGAGACCCACGUGAAACGGAAAAAGGGAAAGAAAAGCGGCAGAGAGACAGCAGGUAAAAAUGGCGAGGAUCACCCCCAACCCAAGGCCAAGCGGCCGAAGAAGGGAAAGCCUGAGGAAGAUGGGGGCCGCGAGCCAGCAGCCAAGAAGAAGAAAAGAGCGGGAGGCCCCUCUGGGGGUGAGGGUCCCGAUGCUGCUGCCCUGGCCGCAGAGGGUUGGGUGCAGCCAGCUGGAGACCAGGACUGUACCCCAGAGCCCCAGAAAAGGAGAGGAGAGAAACAGCUACAGCAGCCGGUAGAGGUACAGGAGCCGGUGGACCCUGCCCUGGAUGAAGCACCAGUGAAAAGGAAGAAGAAGAAGAAGAAGAAAGGUUCCAGGUGAAUUCUCCCGAGCCAGGGCCUUCCAACCGCUCAGCUGUCAGGGCGCUGCCGGGGCAAACGCCUUUGGCCUGCAGUCAGGGCAGAGCUAACCCCAGGCCGUGUGGGGACAUCUUUCAACAUGCCCGCCGACUGCCGCGUCCCACCUGCCCUCCGUGGUUGUCGCGGACCCUCUUCCCAGGGGCACUUUUUAAAAAGGUUCCAAAUCAUGGCUUUCAUAAACAAAUAAAUUUCUUUUUAAACCCUGAGCCCUUCAUGAGGGUGUUUUCAUGUUCAUACAAAUACGUCCAGUUGUGUGUGUGCACACACACAUUGACAUCUCAAUGUGUAUUUGUGGUGGUUUCCUUCAGUAACAACGAAU